CCAUGGCUGCGCCGCCCGCGGUCCGGGCGCUCUGCGCUGCCGCCCGCCUGGGCGUCCCCCGCCGCCUGCGCUCCGCGCCCGCCACCGCGCCCCGCGGGACAGCUCCGCCGCCGGCUGCGGGCAGCGGGGCCCGGCAGGUGCUGCAGCCGCCUCCCCCGCCGCGGGGCGCGGAGCGGGACCCGCCGCCGGUCGUGGAUUUCGGGGACACGCGGGAGGCCUUCCGCAGCAAGAGCAGCGCCGAGCUGCUGCGCGGGCUGGUGGUGCUGGGGCUCUGCGCUGUGGGGCCGCUGGUGGAGCACAACCGGGAGCUGCUGCGGCUGUGCCAGCGGGUGCUGGGGCAGGCGCUGUUCGAGCGGCUGAUGAAGAUGACCUUCUACGGGCAGUUCGUGGCCGGGGAGGACCAGGAGGCCAUCAAGCCGCUCAUCCGGCGGAACCAGGCGUUCGGCGUGGGCGCCGUGCUGGACUACAGCGUGGAGGAGGACCUGAGCACCGAGGAGGCCGAGCGCCAGGAGCUGGACUCCUGCACCUCUGCAGCCGAGAAGGAGAUGGGAGGAGCAGAACAAAGGGAGAAGCAAUAUCGAGCCCACCCGGGCUUUGGAGACCGCCGUGGUGGGGUCAUCAGCGCCCGCACUUACUUCUAUGCUGAUGAGGCCAAGUGUGACCAGCACAUGGAGACCUUCCUCCACUGCAUCGAUGCAUCAAGUGGCAGCUCUGAGAAUGGCUUCUCGGCCAUCAAGCUGACAGCACUGGGCAGACCUCAGUUCCUGCUGCAGUUCUCAGAGGUGCUGGUCAAGUGGCGGAGGUUCUUCCACCAGAUGGCUGCAGAGCAGGGCCAGGCCGGGCGGGCAGCGCUGGAGGUGCGGCUGGAGGCAGAGAAGCUGCGGGAGGCUCUGGCCAACCUCGGCAUCGCAACCAAGGCAGAGACCCAGCGCUGGUUCACCGGUGAGAACCUGGGCAUAAGCGGCACCGUGGACCUGCUGGACUGGAACAGCCUCAUCGACAGCCGCACCAAGCUCUCCAAGCUGCUGCUUGUGCCCAACAUGCAGACUGGGCAGCUUGAGCCUCUGCUCUCACGCUUCACUGAGGAGGAGGAUCUGCAGAUGAAGAGGAUGCUGCAGCGGAUGGAUGUCCUUGCCAAGAGAGCCACCGAGACAGGCGUGAGGCUGAUGGUGGACGCAGAGCAGAGCUACUUCCAGCCCGCCAUCAGCCGCCUCACCCUAGAGAUGCAGCGCCGCUUCAACAGGGACCGGGCCAUCAUCUUCAACACCUACCAGUGCUACCUGAAGGAGGCUUAUGACAACGUGACGGUGGACGUGGAGCUGUCACGCCGGGAGGGCUGGCACUUCGGCACCAAGCUGGUCCGUGGCGCCUACAUGGAGCAGGAGCGGGAGCGGGCAGCCCAGAUCGGUUACGAGGAUCCCAUCAAUCCCACCUAUGAGAAGACCAACGAGAUGUACCACAGGUGCCUGGACUAUAUCCUGGAGGAGAUCAAGCACAGCAGGAAAGCCAAUGUCAUGGUGGCAUCUCACAAUGAGGACACAGUGAAGUUCACCCUGCGCAGGAUGAUGGAGCUUGGCAUCCACCCCUCAGAGAAAAAGGUGUAUUUCGGGCAGCUGCUGGGCAUGUGUGACCAGAUCACCUUCCCCCUGGGUCAGGCUGGCUUCCCCGUCUACAAGUACGUGCCCUAUGGGCCAGUGCAGGAGGUGCUGCCUUACCUGUCCCGCAGGGCCCAGGAGAACAGGGGCUUCAUGGAGCGGGCGAACCGGGAGCGGGACCUCCUCUGGAGCGAGGUCAAGCGGCGGCUUCUCACCGGCACCUUCUUUAGCUCCAGCCACUAACCCUAACCCUGGCUUCCAGCCCAGCACCUCCUGUGCCUUCACCUAUAACCACUACUGCCCUUCCCAGCCUAGCUCUGCUGCAGUUCCCCUCCCAGCACUUUUUUCCCGAGGAGAGGAUGUGUCCUUGGUGAUCUUUGAGCCACACACACCUCCUCGAGGUCACUACUGAGAGCUGCCCCAGCUAGCACUGCCCUAAGGGCUGUCGCCUCAUCCCAGGGACUCAAGCUGGGCUGCCUCAGGGGACGUGCUGUGGUCACCCCCUCUCCGUGAGCACUGUCCUGGGGGCUUCCCAUUGCAGCAGCAGGGUUGGCUGCUGUGUGCCAUGGGCUCAGUCCAUGGUGGGCUGCGCAGCUCAGAGACAAGCUGGCCUCAGUCACAAGUUCCUCCAUCCUCUGCCAGGGCUGGGGCUUGUUUUCUUCCAGCUCUGUGGAGGCAGAGGCCACAGUGACCUGGGCAGGGGCAGGCUCAGUGCUGCCGGUCUCAGGGUAGCCACUGCCUGGCUGCUCACCAGCUUUGCACAGCCUGUCCCGCGGGGUGCAGCAGAGCUGGUGCUGCCCGCGCUGGUCCAGUGGGCAGGAGGAGCGAGAGGAGGCGGCCCGCUCUGUCCCUGCCCUUCCCACAGUCCCCACUCCAGUGCUGGGUCAGGUCUGUGCUGCAGGCACUGGCAGUGGGAACACCCGGAGCACAGCUCGCCUCUGUUGUACGCUGGAUUGGUGGAGAACGGUGAUGAUUAAAUCACAACUGUUCUUGC